AUGCGGCCUCAAAGGCCCCCACCGCCGUACUCGGGCGACCCCUCCGGCGGCGCGGCAAGCGGGGCGCCCCGGGGACCGGCUGCCCGGCACGGCGCCAGAUCUCCCCCAGCUCACGUUUUGCUAGAACAUUCCAAAAGGCGUGUCGGAGUACUGUUGUCACCGUCGGUGCCGCGCACUGUGGUGCCCCCGUCGGAUUCCUUUACCGUCGCGGGCCCCGUGGCCUCGGCCGGGCGCCGUGAGUUCACCUCGCUCCUGCAGUCCGAGGCCGGUUUCCGGGCCCCCGAGGGGCCCCCGAGUCCUUCCCGGAAGCUGCUUCCCGCCAGCUGCGGGGGCCGCUGCCCAGGCCCAGGGCCCGAGGACGCCCUCCCCGUCCAGGAGCCCGCGGCCGCGGAGGGGCGGAGGCCGGCAGGCCUGACGCUGCGCGUGCGGAGACAGGGGUCACCGCCGGCCGGUUUCCCUCACCCUCCAACCUGCGCAAACUCGGGGGGCUCUGGCGCAGCCACCCGAGACCGCAGAGGGGUGACGGCAACCCGGGGAGGCAGCGAGCGUGGGGUACAAUCGCGGGGAACCCCCACAGACAAGACCCCCGGUGGCAAGCGGGGAGUCGGGGGCCCCCGUAUCAACCCCCCACUCGGACGGGGGCGGGAGCCAUGGGGCCAGCGCAGGGACAGUGAGGGCCACUGCUUCCCGCCUGCUUUCGCUUUUGCCUUCGAGCCCAGCACAGACAGAUCCAGAGAUCCUCCGGGCACCGAAGCCCCCCCCCCGGCCCCCCCCCGCCCCCCCGGCCCCCCCCCUCAGACGCCCGUCACCACGGGGAUCCACGCGGAGGCGCUGCCCACCGGGGAGAGCCCCGCGCUUUCUCUCCCGCAGAGGAUCGCGGUCCUCCAUGCGUCCUCGGAGCCUCUGCCACGGCCGCCGCCCAGGAAUACCGGGCAAGGCCUCUACCCCAGGCCGGAGGAAGCCUACAACCCACCCCAGGACACCCAUGGAGGCAGCCAGCCCUCCGACGGGAAGAACACACCACCUGUGCUUUCUAAUGCCAUCCAAGGACUUAACUCCUGCAAACGGCACUCGAAAGACGGCGCUGCUUCCAAUGCUUUGUGUUUGUCUCUUUGCAUACUGUAA